UUAAUACACCACUGUGUCAGAGCAAGGAUGACUGUUGUGGGAGUCAGUGGGUUAAAAAUAUCUUUAUUGUGGUGGAUCAUGUUUGGGUAGGAGGGAUCGUUUUGCCCCACUGGGCCACCCUCGUGGGCAGCAGAUGAGCCAGAGAGACUGGGAGUGUGUGUGUGUGUGUGUGUGUGUGUGUGUGUGUGUGUGUGUGCGCGCGCUCUGCUGAGCUGUGAGCAGAGGAGCCCCCGCCAGCCAGCUUGCUCCAACUGUGCUCUGCACACACUCCAGUCCAACCGCCUGUCUCUUCUCUCUGCUCCAGAUGAUGCCUUGGAUUUAGCCGGCCCACAUGAGUGAUAUGAAUAACACACUGGACGAAAUACACACUUCCAGAAGCCUCGGAGAGAAAGUAGAUAUUUUUCAGAGUGGCAAGGGUAAUGUGAGUGGCUUUCCCAGCCCAGCCCUCAUCCCUCUGCGAGCUCCUUCUCUAACACCAAAUGCCCAGAAGACCAGGACCGCGCUCUGCAAGGGGAACAGGAGCAGUAAAGAGGGAGAGGAGUCGUUCUGUUCUCCUGUUCCAAACCCUUUUCCUGAACUUAUCCCCUCAACCCUCCCCCACUUUGUCUCUGAAUGUUUGUUACCAUGGACCAAAAGUAGUGCAACUCAGGUAAUCAAAGUUUACAAUGAAGAUAACACCAGCAGAGCAGUAGAAGUUCCCAGUGACAUCACUGCCCGGGACGUAUGCCAGCUGUUCGUCUUGAAGAACCACUGCAUCGACGACCACAGCUGGACCCUCUUUGAACACUUGUCCCAUCUUGGAAUAGAGAGAACCAUUGAAGACCAUGAGUCGGUUAUGGAGGUGCUAUCCGGCGGGGGGAUGGACACAGACAGCCGGCUGUAUUUUAGGAAGAAUUAUGCUAAAUAUGAAUUCUUCAGGAAACCUCUGGAGUUUUUCCCGGAUCACAUGGUCUCCAUCUCCAGUGAAACCAAUGGGAUGCUGGAUCACUCUCAGCUUGUUCAGACUUUUCUCAACUCCAGCACUUGUCCAGAGAUACAUGGGCACCUUCAUGCCAAAGAGCAAAGCAGGAAAUCUUGGAAAAAGUUUUAUUUUGUCCUGCGACGGUCUGGGCUUUAUUUUUCCAACAAGGGAACUUCCAAGGAACCGAGGCAUCUCCAGUUCAUUGCCGACUUUAGUGACAGUGAUGUCUACACCGUCUUGUCAGCCAAAAAGCUACAUGGAGCGCCGACAGAUUACGGCUUCUGUGUCAAGUCCACGAAGUGCAGUUCAGCGCGGGACUUGAAGCUGUUUUGUGCAGACGACGAGCCGACCAGGACCUGCUGGAUCACAGCCAUGCGCUUGUUAAAGUAUGGGAUGCAGCUGCACCAAAACUUCAUUCAGCCACACCAGAAACAAAAAGCCUCACCAAUGAGAAGCAUCUCAGAAAACUCAUUGGUGGCCAUGGAUUUUUCUGGUCAAAAGAGCCGCGUGAUCGAGAACGAGUCUGAGGCGUUGUCUGUGGCUGUAGCGGAGGGCCUGUCAUGGAGGAGGAAAAGCCUCCACCGUCUGAGCAGUCACGGGAGCCCCUCCACGUCACAGAGCUCAGUGUUAAACAUAGUCCUCCACUUGGCCCAGCCCUGGUUCCACAGCAAACUGUCUCGGGAUGAGGCUCAGCGUCUCAUCACUCAACAGGGUCUUAUCGAUGGAGUAUUUCUCUUGAGGGACAGCCAAAGCAACCCUAAGACAUUUGUACUGUCCCUGUGCCACGUGCAGAAAGUCAAACACUUUCAGAUCCUACUUGUGGAUGAUGAAGGGGAGUUAUUUUACAGUCUGGAUGAGGGUCACACACAAUUUACAGACUUGAUCCAGUUGGUGGAGUUUUAUCAGCUAAACCGCGGGGUGCUGCCCUGCAAGCUCAAGCACCACUGUGCCCGGAUCGCCCUGUGAACCAGGGGGAACCGAGAGGCCCCCGAGGGCCCAUGUGCACCUUAACUCUAGGGCCUUUGUGGACAAACACUCCCAGUGCUCUUGUGCCUUGACAAAGAGAAAGAUGCAGUCCAAACAAUAGCGGAACAGCCACGCUCAGUGAAACUUCAUUCAUACCGUGGCACUUGGUCUGCCCUUUAUGUUUUUCUUUUCAGAAAAAGCUGAAUUUGAUAAUAGACGGUAUAAUUAACUGACUAUGGACGCUGAAGAUGAUGUGCACUAUUCGUCUGGUGAACAUUAUUCUUUGGCCCAAUAAUGUGAUAAAUCCGUUGUGCAGAUUCAAAACAUGACUUCUUGUCCUGCAUUUUGUAAAGCUGAAUGUGUACUCAAACAGCUCGUGAUUCUAACUACAUCAUGACACUAAUGAAAGAAAGUUGGGUUUUUUUCCUUGGUAAGUGACACUUACCAAGGAAUUAUAAAUAUAAUGUCUACUGCCGUAUGUAUACAGUAAUUUUAUAUUGUAUACCUGUCAGUUAAAUAGUCUGUCAAUGAUAAUGAAGGUUGAAUCCCAACAAAGGCAGAAUUGUUCAUUUGCAACCAUUGCAUUCUGGGAAUUGUAGUACACAACCCCUCUGUCCUGUUAAAUCCGAGUAAAACUCGUACUUAUUAUUGUCAUUGCAUCUCUCUACUAUUCAGGUAUUAUUUUUGUAAGAAAAUUAUUGUUUUCUAUUUGAGAGAGAAAAUGGCCUCUCAGGAAGAUUCACUGUGCAUGCUGACUGAGACUGAUGUAGAGAGGAGGUCGAGAGGAGGCAAAACCUCACUAGCUGGCACUGUCAUUGAUUUUAAAUGUAUGUGAUUAAAUGAAAUGUUUGUACUACGUGCAAUUAGUUGUGAGCUUGCUCUAGAUUAAGAGCAGUGAUAUAUUUAAAAAAAAAUAAGAUGGGAAUCAGUACGUCUGAUUUCGAAAUUAAAUUCGAAAAUUUAGCUUUUAUAUUUUUAUUAUAUACUAUAUUAUAUUAUAAGAUUGGGGUACAAAGUUUUGCAAAACCUGGGUGGGUUGUAUUUUGACGUUAUUGUCACCACAGCUGUGGGCAUACCGUUUCUGACAAAGUAAAAGGAGGUUUUUCCUAAAUCACUGACAUAAUUGAAAUGACCAUCUUGUUUUUGUUGGUUCAUCAGUGCAUUGAGCAAUGGAUAUCAUGGACUACAUAGUUUAUAUAUACAUACAUAUAUACUAUGUGUGUGUGUGUGUGUUUGUAAUGAUGACUUUUAUAUGAUUAAUUAUCAUAUUUGCUGUUUUCUGUUUUAGCAGUUAUAGAAUUGCAUCAUCACAUUUUAAAUCACAUGACAGUAGAUUUCCUCGAUGUUUAAAAAUUGCCAGCAAUGUAUAAUUCAUGUGUGGUGCAGUUCAAUAAGGAGCACCAUUAACUGGUAAAGCUUAAAUAAGAUCUGGUGCAGAAUGAAUGAAUCGAUCACCAGGCUAAUAUAGUCUGUCUUUAUUUAUAAUAUAAAACACUAUACAUUUUAGGCUUUGUAUAGUAUAUUUCUCUGUAACCAGGGCAUCAUAUGAAUUAAAUAUUACAGAAAAAUGAAUUGUCUACCCUAGCCUUCUCAUCAGCACACAGUGGGGUGCUUCUCUGCUAAGAUGUUCUUUUUUAAAUAUAUAGUCAAUCCUUAAGUCACGAUUCUCUAAUGGGACCCAGUGCAUCGUUAAAUUCAGCCACACUUUAGCGAGUGUAUGGGACACAUUAGGCCAACACAUUAGGUCCUCCAUGGCACAAUCACUCAAGUAUUUUUUAUAACCACUAGAUGGUACUAGAAGCAUUUUGCUUCUGCUCGUCUACAUUUAUGUCUGAAAUCAUAUUGUGUCUAGUGCGAUUCAAAUGACAUAAUACACAUUAAACGUUUCAAAGAUGUACAUUGGGUUUAUGUUAACUGAAAAAAAUGUAAGAUUCUAAAAGUUUGUGCUACUAAGACCAAACUGGUAUCGAUCAACUGACAUUUUGGAAAGAAUGAGCUGAGAAUACACCAAGACACAUGCAUAGACGUGAGGGAUUAGGAAAGUGUAUUUUUCCUGUCUGCUCUUGAGUAAAUUAAUAUUACAGGUGCAAGUAAUGAGUUCUAUGAUUUCCAAUUUUAUUUCCAACUUUAAUCUUCAUUUGGUAUUUAAACAGAUAUUUCAGUAUGAAGUGUAAGAUACAAUUAUGGUUCACGACGCAACAUCUAAACGGCAAAAUGUCUCGCCUGUGUUAAACAAUCUCCUCUGUUCUGAUACAAGCACGUUGCCCCUAUACCUCUCCUGCUCUACUUCAAUAGCACAUUUCAAAACAGUUCUCACAUCCAGGGGAGAUGUGCGCACACAGAGAAGUCUUAAAUGCACCCCUGCUUCCGAGGUCUUGUGCUAAAUGUUGUUUUGGAUGUAUUCCUGCCAUUGAUCGGAGUCUGGCUGCAGGGGGAGAGAUGGCAGCUGGGAGAGACUGCGCUUCCUUUAAUGAAUUCAUCCAGCUCUAUCCAGCCCAAACGGCCUGUGGAUACAGCAGCUCUCCAAGUAAAGAAAGCCUCUCUCUGCUCUGUCUCGGGCCCUCAUGGACAACCACCGCUGUUUGCAACAUUUCGCACUACUACACUGGAUUCACUCUUGCCUGCACCCUUACUCUUAUGACUUCAGGUUUUGUACUUUAGCGUAGUAAGCUUCACUUUGUUCUGAAAUGCCCCUCUUGUUGUAUUCCCGUAGUCUGUUUUCAGUUAUCUGGGCUUGGUUAUGAGUCUAGGAGCCAAUGAGGCUAGGUUUGUGUAGGGUAUGCAUUUAAGUUAAGGUUGGAGGAUUUAAUUAUUAAAUGGGCUUUCCCAUCAUGAGUAUCUAGAGCGAGAUUUGAAAUAAUUUUUAUUAUUUUUUUAGGUUGCAUUUUACAUCUCAAAAAUGUUUGCUCACUUUAGUUUACAGCAAUAAACUUACUUUUCAUAAA